AUGGUACGCUUAUAUAAAAGUUCAAAUAGUAUAAAUAGUCCCCGUCGUCAUCUACGAAGCCAUAAAGGAUCAAGGCCUGUAAGACGACAACGUUCUUAGUAAGGUAAAUGCCGGUGUUCCGGGGUUAAAACUCUGUUGGUAAAAAAUGUUGGACAGAUUCUAUUUUCUUCAGCCUAGCAGCACACAUGAGGCUAAAUAAAAACGAACAGUAUUACAGGCAAGGUCAAACGUGCAUGUUAUAAAGGCACAUUCUAAUAUCGCUGGUUUUAAAGUUUCGGAGGAUAAACCCGGUUGUUGUAAGUGCUUUGGAGACUACCAGGACGCAGUGCUCUGAAGGAUUGAGACUCUUGGUGAAAGAGAACUAUUAAUCCUUUUUUGCAUUCAGAAAAACUCCCACAAAUUUUGAGUGCUGAAUUCAUGCAUCGAAUAUACCGUGGCGAUGGCGUUCGUGAUUUUUGAUCCCUAAGGCCAGUCUCACCAAGGACAAUUUCUUUAGCCAACAACGAUAGCUGUUCUUCAGUUCUUCUGUUUGGUCCAGUCCCAAAUUCAUGAAAAUAAAUGGCGACUGAUAAUAUCGGAUGCAGUGCUACCCCUCCAUUUAUUGACUGUCGUCAUUGAGUGGGUAGCAGUUUUUUUUCUCCUGAACCCACCGAAAUAUAAAAAACCACCAUCAUCUUUAUUUUUAUUUUUUGGGGUCGGGAGUUUUUUCUUCGCUGGGCGGAUUUGUGUUUAACCUUCCACCGACAAUGCCUGUUAACUGGAAUUAAGUGCAAUCAUUAUUUUUAUUUUUACUAUUAUUCUAUUCGUCGAUACCAGGACAGAAAUUUCCGCAAAUGAUUGGUCGCCAACCCUCGUUUUUGAACAUAAAUCCGUAUGGAUAAAGAUAAAAAUAAUAAUUCGCAAAACCUAGAAAUCGUAGAUAUUUUGGCAGAGCGUUGGCUGCACUAAAGCCUUCCCCUUACAGUGUGGGUUCGAAUCCCACCGAGCCGCCGUUUUUCACAGGUGGGUCAAUAUGAAUUAUUUAAAAUCUGCCAAAAUAUCUAUGAAUUACGUGAGCCUGAUAGUCAUCUGGUGGAUUCUAGAUGAAUAACUUGGGAAAUCCUGCUUGGGCAGUCAACUUACUGCAACAGAUUUGGCGGAUAAUAAUAAUUUUAUUUAAUGCCAGUUUACAGGCAUUGUCAGGGAAGCGUUAAAUACAAAUCCAGCCAGCAGUGAAAAAACUCCUGUAUAAAAGGAAUAAAAUAUAGUUGAUGGUGGUUUUUAUGGUUUGGAGUGUCCAGGAGAAAAAAACUGCUGGCGGCAAACUUUCGGCCGUCAAGAAGGGAGGAGUUGCACGGUAUCGGAUAAUAUCAGUAGCCAAUUUCUGUCAUGAAGUUGGGGCUAGUCCAAACAGAAGCGCCGAAAAACAGCUGUCGCUGUUGGUCAAAGAAAUUUUCCCUGGUGACACCGGCAAUAGUGUUCAGAGACCACAAACGCCAUCGCUACAGUACAGUCGAUCAGGGGAUUCAACACCCAAAAUUUGUGGGAGCUUUUCUGAAUGCAAAAUCGAGUAAAAGUUCUCUUAAAUAAAGAAUAAUUUCGCAGAGGUUUCACACUACUGGGUAGUUUUUCCCAAAUAGCAAUUGCAUUGGCAGAAUAGAACCGACGAUAUUUAACAGUAUGUGCCAGAGGCAGAAAUAAAAAGACCUCAUGGUGACUGUUACGUCGGGGGUGGACAUGAUGUCUUAAAGCAGUGAGUGGGUUAAAGGUGUGAUUAUAUAAGAGCUUAAAUGGCAUAAAUUGUCACUUUUUAAAUCUACGGAACCAUAACGGAUUCCAGACGUUGCAGUAGGUUGGGCGGGUAACUUGACCCAAAUGUGAUUAAACUCGAGUCGUCCGGCGGGGCCUCGUAGCUCAAGUGGUUAGAGUGUUGGCUGUACUAAAGCCUUCCCCUUACUGCGUGCGUUCAAAUCCCACCGAGGCGCCGAGUUUUUCACUUUUGGGUCAAUAUGAAACCUAGAAUUCUUUACGGUUUAGAGACCACCGCACCUUCCAAAUGCAGUUGACGAUACGGUCCUUCAUUCGGUAAAGUAGCUAGUCACCAAAAGGUUCUUAUCUUGGGGGACUUCAGCACAACUGCAAUAGACUGGGAAAGUCUGGCAGUUGACGAUGAACCAACCUUCUUAGGCCGUAAGCCAAUGAACCUUACAUUUGACCUCCCCCUUGCAUAGAAUGUCAAGACACCGACAAGAUCUAGAUGAAACUAGAGGGCCGGUUGCUGAGUCCUUGUUCUUGCGAAAAAAGUCUCUUACAUUGACGAAGAGUAUCUCAGUGCGUUUGUCGGUAAGAAUGGUCAUACUGCGCUACUGUGUGACUGUUCGGUCUGUUUUCAAAACAAGAAGAAAACGGAAGCCCGGUGAUAUUUAUGGAAGGAAGGAUUUAAUAUGGGGAGGAGCAUAUUCAUGUCCGUUAUUCGGGACUGUUUGCUUAAGGGGGAUCCAGAGGAGGACUUCCGAUAGUACCACCGUACUAAAAUUUCUUAGGGGAACAGGCAAUGAAGAUGAUUCGUUGUUUGCAGGUUUUUUAGACGUUUCCCGGGCUGCUUCUAUCUUCUUCUCACUUUUAACGCCCAAACGUUUCUUCGCAGUUUUUUAAUUACCUACCGCUCCAACAUUUACACCUGCUAGUUACUCUGCGUUGUGCUCUACUCAGUAUCCCAAAUUUCCCUUUUGUUGUGUUGGUUUGUCUCACAUCUGAACAUCCGAUAUUCUUCGUUUUGCUAGGUGGCGUGUUACUAAUUUUAGGCCGGUGUUCUUGCAUAUUCCCAGAGGGGAGCAUUAUAUCCCUUAAGACUCUACGUUACAAGGGCCUGAUCUUAGCGAAAAAUAGUUAUGCAACCUACUAACUUCUGAGCAAUUCUUUACCUAAACAACCCCCAGGUUGUCGGGGUGCAAGUAAAGACCGCGUAUUUCAAAGCCAUUUUGCAUUUCGUAGAAAAUGGCUACGUUUAAUAAAUCUCAGCGAAAAUUUCAGCCGCCAGACUGGUUUACGAAUUCUUUCAUGAUGUCUGCAAAUUCGGUUCGCCAGCGACAGGCAUCACAUGAUAUCAGACAAGAGACGCGAGCACUACGUUUGUCUGCUGCACUUAGAACGAAAUGGGAUAAUUAUUACAACACAACAAGACUAGCUGACAGACUUGACACAGUCAUCUCAUUUAAAGAUAUACUUGAACUUGCAAAAUCAAAGCUUGAUGAAGAAAUUUCAAAAUUGUCGGCCGGGAAAGAUGCACUGGAAAAACAGAUUGCUGAUAUGCAGAUUCCGGAAGACUGCAAUAUUGAAUGCCUAACCCUUAGAGACCGAAGACGCGGAAUAGACUUUAAUGAAGACAAGCCAGAAUAUGAGCUGAAAGCGGUAAAUUAAUGGUCCCUAUAUUCUCUAUAGGAGCAAGAGCUUCUUGCAAAAUGUAAGAAAAGACUGCAACAGAAGGUUGACGAGGCAUAUGAUCAGCUUUUGCUAUUGCAGGAAGUUCGACAACAAGUUUUGAAAGAUUUACAAGAUAAAAACGAAACCAUAGACAUUGAUAUUGAGCAAUAUAAACUGGUUCCCAGCUGUCCUGGUGUAUCCUACAAAGUCAAUCCUACGCGUGUCCCGAAGGGGUAAGUCACUGGAAAACAAUUUUACUGUAAAAAGAAGCAAUGCUUGAUGUCCUCGUUAAAAAAAUACGGCAAGAAACCUAUCAUCGGAAAUGGGUAACGUAGCGCCGGCUAGUACAAUAUGUGAUAUUGGUCGCCAUUGCGUUGUAUAUUUCCGGCAUUGACCUAGAUCUAGAUGUACUGACAAAAAAGUAAAUGUUAGCACCUUUGUUUUUAAGUGCAAUGCGCCGCAUACUUCGUCCGCAGCUGUAUCUAACUUCCGCUGAUCCCGGUUUUUGUCACAGACGGCGAGUUAUAAUAAUUUCAUUUCUUCAAAACACGAUCGACCAACCUGUGAUAUGGUGCAUCGUCGCGCAUAAUUUCACAAAUGAACACAUUGUCAGUAAUAGAAUCGGAAAAAAUAUUCACCGGCUGUAACCGGACAAAUACACCCGUAAACGGUUGUGUGCGGUAUGUGCGCAUACCGCACACAAACGUGUUUAUAUAACACACCCAAGGGGAAUAGGCGAGUUAUUCUUAACUGGAACAUGUAGUACUGAUUGUUUUCCGGAUUAACUUUUUCAUUUAAUAUUUUUGCCAUUCUUUCCUCUUUGCCUCUUUGCAAGGUCACGUGAUAAGUGGGCCUGUGGACACAGCUUCUUUGAAUACUAGAUCCUCAUAGUAUUGGUGGUACGAAAUCCUAAGUUCUAGGCACCGCAAGCGCCGACCUCUGCAAUGGAGUGGACGACGUAACCAUCAAAUACAUCGGCUGCCUAUAAUUUUACGCGAACGACUAGCCUUACUGCUGGAAAGCAUGGCACGUCAUACAAAAGUACACAAUGACUCAUAUAUACCCUUCCUAAUGGACACUUAUUCUACAAUACGCAUGUCAUUGCAAUGACUAUUCUAAGACACAAAAGUACAGAUGUCAUAGAUAAGCAGUCCUCUUGCAUUUCAAAUGCCACAAAAUAGGCUAUCUGGAUGUAAUAAAACUGGACUGGUAUCAGAAAAAUGGAAGAAUGUUAGUAGCUAUGAAUUAUGAGGCCUAACUUAGGUUUUGCAAUGAGGUCAUUAUAUCUGCCCAAACAGUCAUUAAAAGUGAUCUUGUCCUUUCAUAGUCCCUUGUAUGGUUAGGGCGGAGACGGAUCCUGUCAGUUACUCCCCUAAGCAGCUCAUCCGGAUCCUCCGCCGUCGUCUGCGUCGCUGACGUAAGUGGUAAAAGACAGUGCCUGCACAGUUGGAGUUUGGAAUAGCUGCUUUCGGGUUCACAAAUAUUUUCCACCAAAACACGUACUUGUUGAUUGUUUUGACUCCUGCUUGUUCAAUAACUCAUGCGAGUUGGUGGCCUUGCUUAAGACCAUCCUUACGUAAGUCAGUCCAAACAGCUUUUUGGCCCCAUAGUUGGUUCACUCCCGACCAUUCAAGCUGCUGAUUUUUCGUCGCAAUUAUUGACUAGGGGCUUAGAGACUUGGAGCGCUAGACGAUUGUUGUCAUGUCAUUUGUUCAUAAAGCUGAAAUUUCAGAACCUUAGACAUUAUUUUCGGUAUAUUAACCCCCAAGAACUACAACGUUGAAACAAUGGGAGGAUUUCACACGUUACAACUGGCAGCGGGCUGAGGCUGAAAUCGGAGCCAGUGAACGCCUCAGAGAGGCCAUCUUCUAUGUCAUGCACCAGACUGAAAAUGAGCUUGAUGCCCAGGCAAGGGCCACAGACUUUGCUCUUCGUAAGCGUUCCCACGAGGAUAAAGCUGCUUUGGAUGAACUUAAUUGGCAGCGUAAACAGGUAGGAGCUGGUGGGCAGUGAGCACGUUGUCAUAUAUCUAUUACUUAUAUCAUAUUGUAUUUCAAAUAUUUUCUUUCAAGAUUUCCGCUUUCGAGAUUUCCGAUGAUUCAUUCAUGCUGGAUGGUAAAAAUUGAACUAUGUACAUGUUUCGAAAGUAAAACUAAUUGGCCAAAAUGGCAGACACCUCAAUCAGCUCCACAGCUCGCAAAAUAGACAAGCAUUUCUGAGGGAUAAAGUCAUUCUGCGGCUCAAAAUCAUAGGCAAAUUAGGCUAAGUCUGUAUCGGAGAAGUUCUUUUUUGCAUGCAGAAGAGGAACCGAACCGAUUAUUAUCAGAUGUAAGCAAAUCCUAUAUAAAUCAAAGUGUUCAAGCAGCACCAAAGCAUUAUUUUGCCAAAUAAACCAAGCUAAUGCUGCACUUCGCUCAGUUGGUGUCACUUUGAACAAAACAUGAGAUGCCUCCUGGCAGCGGGCUGCGAUGAAAAUGGGCUUAAAUAAAACUCAGGUCAGAGUGACUGACAGUACGCUUUUAUUUAAUUUCACUGAAUCCGUGGGAGCCUAUAAUUACUGCCAUCUAUGAGCGUAGGCCAUAACAUGGCGUCAGCUACUGCAUCUUAUUUCAUCACUGAUUGGUUGGUUCAAAUCGUCGACUGGUGUACGGAAGAUGAGAAGAGGGAGUGAGGAUGACGUUGAAAAAUGCAUCUCCACAUAAAAUCUGUGCAGUCAUCAAAUUAAUAAAUAUGACGCGCACGGAUCUACCAUAAUGCAUCACGAAUCGUGGCUUGGAAAGUCGCCAACUGAGGACAGGCCUGUAGUGGCACCUUGUUGCUGUGAUUUACGCCACCCUAACCCAUAGGAGAUCCUAGCUCUCCUUAUGAAAUCCAGGUCAUGUGCGAGACGUUUGAGUUGUUGCAUCCUCGCCUGCAUCCAAGAAACUUGUCAUUGUCUUGCCACUGGAACAAGGAGAAUCGAGUGCGCUUGAUGCUGCGCAAGCCUGCUUCCCUAGAAAACAACCCACGCGCAAGUCAUCGUUGUUGCGCUCAAUCUAUGAGGCGCGCGGUCGUUUGCGACGGUCGGGCUGUCGGGACCCGGCAGUAAUAACUGCACUCUGAAAAUUAUUUCAUUCUCAAGUAAGCGUAAGGAAGCCUUUGGCCCUCUGUGAGCCUUCAGUGCAUUACUCUUAAGCACUUUGGCAUUCACAGUGCCAGCGUGGCCGAGUCAACGCUCGAAGCUUCUGUUUGCCGUUCUAGUGACACAUCUUAUCGGAAAUACCGCUUUGAGCUUAUACGAUAUAGCAGUUUUUGGAUAUCACAUUCUACUUCACUUCCUUUUACCAAUUAAAAGCUGACCCUACAGAGCGCAAUUCGGCUCUGAAGGGAAAUAGACACGUACACAAAUCGAUGAGUAGAUCUGGCCACAGCUGCGUCCUAUCCUGUGGACUAAAAGUUGGUCUUGGUAGGCCAAUGAUAUAUUCGCCGUUAGCAAACUGGAUUAUACUUUGGCAUCCACGCACCAUUUCGGCUAUCACUAUAUUUUUAGCACAACUUCCAAACAGAUCAAUCAGUACCAUACAAUUACCGAACUUUAAUUAGUGUGAAUUGUUGCUUGCCCAGUAGGCGACAUACCAAUAGCUUUUUACGGUACAAUAAUAAUCCAAGUGAAUGCGCGAUAGACUAGUUCAAAGGUAUGCAGAUGAAUUAGAAUAAAAUUGCAUUCAACUCGCCUGUAAGUCAUGAGAAACGCAAACUAUUUUGCAAGUAAUGCUUCGACAAAGCUAAAGACCACAUAACCGGCGAGUUCGUAGGACUUCACAAGAGGCCUUUUUGAAAAUGUGCAUUAAAAAUGGAAUAUUUUUUUCCGACCUGCUUUCUAGACCGAAGACGAGAUUGCCGACAUGCUUAAUGACCUGGAGAAACUGGAGCAGGAGCUGAUGGACCAAAUUCCACCAACAAAAGUGGCCCAGACUCGCCUCGAACGGAGGACAUAUCGACCGGGUGUUGACCUCUGUAGAGAUGGCCCCCAAUACGGUUUGACUGAUGAGGUUAAACAGUUGGAGAGCACACGCCAGGCACUUCUCAUGAAGCAACACGAGGCAAGGCAAGUACCGAAACUUAGUGUUUAG